UCCCUGGGAAUUCCCAGUUAGCAAAGGGAAUAUAACAAAACAUAACAAACUUUUAGAUAAUAAAACGAGGAAAAGAAUUUAAUACAACAUUAAUUAUAUUAUAAGUAUAUGUUUUAAUGAUUUAUACAUAACUGGGAAAUGGAUGAGUACUACACGGAUACAUCUGCAAGUGAUUUAGAACAACAGAUCUCCCGGUUCUCUCAACAGCCGACACACCCUUUAGAAAAUAAAAUUGUUCAACAAAAUGGACAGUUUGAUGACCCAAUUGAAUAUCCCGUUAGUCCUAUUGAUUUUGAUGGUGACAUCUCUAUGAACACACUGUUGAACGGUUUGGCUGAAAAUGAACAACAAUUAGUUGAAGAAGUCUAUAAUGAUUCUGAAUUAAAAGAUACAGAUAACAAAAGGGCUAUUUAUACCCAAGUCUAUGAUAAUUCACUGUCAUUUGACCAACAAAUCAAUGUCAACCACAACCACAACAAUGACACAAACUCUGAACAAAAUAUUACAAUUGAAAGCCUGGUUCCGGCAACUAAUGUCAUCACAUCAGUGCCAUCCAUACCAGUACUAGAAAAUGGUGAAAAAGUCAAAAGAAAAAGAGGUCGACCAAAGAAAUAUCCAAAUGGUUCGCCCAAUAAGUCUAAGAGACCGAGAGGUCGUCCACCACUAAAACCAGAAGAAAGAGAUAUUUGCAAAAAACGCAGAGAAACUAAAGCGUCGGCAAAAUACAGACAAAAAUUGAAACAAAAAUCUGCGGAAGAGAUUAAAAUUGAAAAACAAUUGAUUGAAACAAACAAAGAUUACAAAAACACAAUUCGCGACAUUAAAAGACAGUUACAACCAUUUAUACGGUAUUACCAUAAACACCAACACCUCAUAGAUUGCAAUAGAUUUGAAUACAUUAAAAAUGAAAUAAUGAAUUGAUUUAAUUUUAAAUA